CGUGUUUUUUUGUGUUGAGAAAAGCGAAAAAUCAGCGAAAUCUAUCGGGGCAGAUUUUCGCCGUAAGGAAAAGCUUCGCGAGUGUGCCAUAGCCGAGAUUCUGCGAGGAGUGAUUAGUAGCUACACAUCUAGUCCAAAAUGGGAAAUGAAACAUCGCUGCCGAUGGAGCUGUGCUCAAACUUCGACGCCGACGAGAUCCGGCGUCUGGGCAAGCGCUUCAAGAAGCUCGACCUGGACAACUCGGGCGCCCUGAGCAUCGACGAGUUCAUGUCGCUGCCGGAGCUGCAGCAGAACCCGCUGGUCCAGCGCGUCAUAGACAUUUUCGACGCGGACGGUAACGGCGAGGUGGACUUUAAGGAGUUCAUCCAGGGCGUUUCGCAGUUCAGCGUAAAGGGCGACAAGCUGUCCAAGCUUAGGUUUGCGUUCCGAAUAUACGACAUGGACAACGACGGGUUCAUCUCGAACGGGGAGCUGUUUCAGGUGCUAAAGAUGAUGGUCGGCAACAACCUGAAGGACACCCAGCUGCAGCAGAUCGUCGACAAGACCAUUGUGUUCGCCGACAAGGACGAGGACGGCAAAAUUUCCUUCGAAGAGUUCUGCUCGGUGGUGGGCAACACCGACAUCCACAAAAAGAUGGUCGUCGACGUUUAAGGGUUUUAACUCGCAGAGAGAGAGGGAGCGGAAGUGGUAAAAAACAAACAAAAUUAACUUAUUAUAAUGAUAUACAAGUGAAGAGUAAACAAGAAGGCAAAACAACAACAAACAAACAUACACACACUCACACAGAUACACAUAAGAGAACACACUCACUCACACUUUUAAUUGCUAGCAAAGAAAGUUGUCUUAUUUAUUUAGUAACGUGGAAGAAGUCUAAGCCAGAGUGUGUAUGUGAAUGUGGAGAACCACAAAAUGUUAUAAUUUUCAGUUGUUUCUAUGUUGUUUACUAUAGAUUUUUCCCCCCUUUUUACAUUAAAAUUACACAAUUGUAUUAACAAAAGAAGAAGGAGAUGGUGAGGAAGGAGAAUAAAAACUUGUUUAGAAUGUAAGAUCUGUCAAAUUUGGUGAAGAUUUAAAACUGAAAAGAAAAUGCGCUUGUUGGGGAGAACAAAUGGUCUGUUUUUACUCACCGCAUAACCACGUUAAGCUAAUGCCAUGCAUUUGGUUGUUCAACAGUUUAUCUUUUGUUUUGUUUUUCAAAAAUCCUUUUUCUGUGUUUUGAGACGAUUUUGUUUGUUCCUUCGAAAAAGUAAUGCAAAAAAGUACACUUAUUCUACAAUGGUAAGUAAGAAACAAAUAAACGGUGUGUGCAAUUUCUAGCAAUUGCUAACCUAUAUUUUUUAACAAGCGAACUUAAGGCAAUAUAUCUGGAGCAACAUUUGAAAGGGGCGGUACGACAUUGCUCUUACGGCCUUUGAUUACACGCGUUUAAAUGGGACGAAAGGCCGUAAGAGCAAUGUCGUACCGCCCCUUUCAAAUGUUGCUCCAGAUAUAUGAAAGUAUAUUAAAAAAAGCAAGCAAAACAACAACAGUAACUAUGACUCUUCUAACCAUCACGGACCACCACAGCAGCACUUUGAACGAUGAAAUUUAUUGGACUAUCUCUAUACCUAUAAAACAAACGCGAGUACUUAACAUUAAAAAAGUGGGAAUACAACAAAUGAAAAAAAAAAAAACGUUAAAGCAAAUCAAAAUCGUCAUCAAUUAUGAAUUUAUUGUUACUAUACACUGAACGCAAUUUUACGGUCAUCCAAAAAGAUUAAAAGCUGGCUUUUGAAGGUGUCGUUCCCAAACUUUAUUUGUCACGUAAUGUAAUGUUAUGCAAGAAAGAAACAAACACAAAAAAAAAACACGUGUAAAGACAGUUAAACAAAAACACACACCCCAGCAAAAGCAUAGAUAUGUAACAAUUUAUUGCCACUGUUAGAGAUUAGAUCGUACCUUAAAUGGCUAGCUAAUUUUCCCCAAAUUUAAUUGUACGUGCAAAACAAGAAUAAAAAAAAAACAUCCAUGUAAUGAAGACGAAAAAGCAGAAGAAGAUUUGAACUUAAAUAAAAGUAAAUCAACUAUCGUAGAGUUUUAGGUUAGGAGCCAAUUUUUCUAUACACACCGUUGUUGAGUCUCUAAAUUAGUGUGUCCACCCUUUUCCCGGUUUCGAGAGUAAUAAAGACAGAAAACCAUUCUUCCCCCCCCCUUAACAACAACCCCAACCUCCCUUUUUCACCGGGUCGACAAGAUGGCAGCUAACCGAUUUGACAGUUCGCGCCGCCAUCUUGUCAAAAUCGGUGCAAACUUUCUCUCCUACCCACUCAAAUUAAAACCACCGUUAUUCUCUCUCCGUGUAUCGUCCCAGGUGACAGUUGAGUUUAUUCGCCAAAACAAAACAAAAAAAAAAAAAACAAACGAGAACGUUGUUAUUAAAUCCAAUCAGGUUCGUGUACUACUAUUUUGCUGCGUUUAUUUGUGUCAGCAAAGUUCUUAAAACCCCUCG